AUGGAGCACAGGAAUCCCUUCGAUGACGAUUAUGAAGUGCUCUCUUUCGAGGAUGAGGGCGAUUCGGCAACACGAUUGACAGAUGGGGAAAGUGGAGCAGGAAAGAAGGAAGAUGUAGAAAGCGUUGCCCAAGGCGUGACCACUGAUGCGGCCACCAUGAGCGAGGAGGCUGUGGGCCGCUACCUUGUGGAGAAGAACCUGCUGCAGACAGCCCUCAAAUUCUAUCAAGAGUGCCCCAAAGGCCAAGAAUUAGAUUUCCUCAGGCAACGUUUCGAGGCCAGCGAAGCAGGCCACAACGACACCACGAGCUCGCCUGGUUCGGGCAGGGGCACGCCAGUCAUUGGCCGUACCUCGAACGAGCUCUCACGCGUCGUAAAGGAGAAGGAGGACCAGAUCGUGCGACUCGAGCACGAGCUCCGCCUAUCCAAGGACGACAACCAGUCGCUCAAGGCCGAGCUCACGCAGCUUCGCACUCACCAGCCACCGGCCGCUGGGGCCUCGGGCGUGGGCCGGCCCAGCGGUGAGCCGGCAGAGACGGCGGCGGCAGCGGCGGCGAAGGGACCCGUGGACAACAGCCCGCCGAGCGAGAGGGAGCGCCGCACGAUCAACCACAUGGUCAAGCGGUACCUGGUCGAGCGUGGCUACAAGCUGACGGCCAUCACCUUCGUCGAGGAGGCCGAGGACGAGCUGGACCCGCUCCCGGAAGAAGAACACAAAGGCAAAGCCGGAGCAUCAGCCCCACAGUCGCUCACCGCGCUCCAGCGCCACUACCACCACAACCCGGCUGUCCAACACCUGAGCGCUGUGCAGGCGGAGUUGAAGGAGGCCAAGGCCAGCAAUGUCAGGUAUCAGGAGCGACUCGACGCCCUGGAGGAGCGCAUCGCCAAGCUGGUCGAGGAGAAGCAGCACGUCGAGAACGAGCUCGACUACAUGCGCGUGCGCACCGGCGACAAGAAGCGCGACGGCAGCCUCACGCCGGUACCGGUCCUCAGGCAGAGCCAGCCCUCCGAGCGCCCGGCGUCGCCCCCGCCGUUGGAACUGGUGACCAAGGAGGGCGAAGAAGAGGAAGAGGCCAAGGCCGACAGCAACGAAGCAGCAGCCGCGGGCGACAGCGCCACCGGUGGAAGCGAGCUGGUGGAAGCAACCCCAAUUCAAGCCAUGGAAGCGGAGGACUCGCAAGAGCAGGACGCCAAGAACAGGGAAAACAUGCGCCGACGGCGCAGUCAUCGACUGCUCCGGAAUCUGCGAAAGACAUCCAUUGCCGAUGCGACGCGCAUACAGAAAGAGGUGGAGCGCAUUGUGACGGUGGAGCGGGACAACCAAGGCGCAGUCAAGAUCGUAGCCGAAUGCCUCCCGCAUAUCGUUCCGGGUGUGCUUCUCAACACGCGCGAGGAGCUCAUACCGGUAAUCCUGGUGGCCAUCCGCCAGCACCCGGACACCAAGACGCGAGACCACCUCACACAAAUGCUCUUCAACCUCAUCAAAAUACCCGACGAGAACCAGCGACGGAUUAUCAUGGCCGGCUGUGUUGCGCUGGCGCAGAUCAUCGGGCAGGACCGAACGGGCUCCGAACUGCUGCCCCAGUGCUGGGAACAGAUUUCCUCCAAGCACAAGGAGCGGCGGGUCCUGGUCGCCGAGUCCUGCGGUGCCCUCGCUCCGUUCGUGCAAACCGAGCUGCGGGCCUCGCUCAUACUGUCGAUUUUGAUUCAACUGCUGGACGACAAAUCGCCCCUCGUGCGCUUGGCGGUGGCGCGCAAUCUGGGCAUCCUCAUCAGCUGCCUCGACGAUAACGAGGCCAACAAAUACCAACAAAUCCAAGACAUAUUUUUGCCGAUGCUGGUGGAUUGGGCGGACACGCUGGACUACAUGUCGUCCCGCCUUCUCACAACGCUCUUGGCACAGAUCCAGAACUUCUCAGAGAUAACGGAGGUGAACGAACACCGCUUGGCCCACCUGGAAGUGUUUUUGUCGUCGUUCGCGCUUGUCAUUCCACGCUUCGUCGAGUCGGUGCUGAUGUCCUCGCCCUUUGGCGAAUCGCUGCCCUCCGAUGACGAGCUCGCCGCCAGCGCUCUCUCAGCGGCCGCUGAUGACGAGGCCAAGACCGCCACUCGCCACCGCAGCAACACGCUCAACGACUCGCUGUGCAUUCUGUCGGCCCACCAGCGGCGCUAUCUCACCCGCAAGCUGGCCGAGUACCUCAAGGAGCACUGCGCCACCAAUCUCGAGCAGGGAACGACGUGGCCUGCGCUCGAGUGGCUCACCUUCGUCUACAUCCCCAAGCUGAUCGACCUGCUGGUGCCCAUGAUCGGCGUCUCCGAGCAGUCGAAGCCGCACGAGGUGCUCAACAUCAUGGCCAAGGGCAUGACGGGCGUGGUGAUGCGACUGUGCCGCGAGACGGGAGAGGCGUUCGUGCAGUACGUGCUCCAGCCGCAAUUCCUGCGGGAGAUCAACGCACCCGAAUCGGAGGCCCGGCGUCUUGCGGCGCUCCAGGUCUUCGCCGUGGGCGUCCUGCCAUUCCUGGGCAACGACAAGCUCACCGCGUUCCUUCGGGAGCUGACGAUCAACAUCGCGCUCGAGGAGAGCGGCUGGAACCACUCGCACCUCGCCCUGGCCAACGACUGCAUGGAGCUGUUGUGGUACCGCACCGUAGCUCUCUUCCGCAAGCGAUCGGAGGAGAUGCGGGACGUCAUAUUGACCUUCCUGUGGGAUCUGGUGGUGCAUCCCUCCGCCCAAGUGCGCCAGACGCUCGUCAAGACCUUCGAUCACAUGACCACGUACAUGGAGAAGGCGAAGGUGACGAAGCGGGUGCUGCCGGCCCUCCUCACGCUGGGCAACGACAUCGAGGCAUCGGUGCGCGCUGCCGCGAUAGUGCCCAUCGGCAACGUGGCGAUCAACUUUCCCGACAACCUCUUGCUCGAGCGGAUCAACGUCCAGUUCGAGACCUGGGAGCAGGACGAGGGCAGCGGCGUGCAGCAGGAACUCAUCAACGCCUUUGCCUCGAUCAUUCCCCAAGUUACAGCUGUCUUCCGCGAUGCCUUCCUGCUGCCGAAGCUGGUGCGGAUGGCCGAGAAGAACAACACUUGUACAGACACAGCACAGCGUAAGAGCAUAGCCAAGGCACUGCUCGACGCGUUCCAGGCCUUCCACGGGAAGGUGAUUCGUGACGGACUGCUGCCCGGCCUCGCCUCCCUCCAAAACGACUUUGGGGUGAUGGACUCGUCGUUCAAGAAGACGGUCACGUCGAUGGUUCACGACAUGGAGGUGACGGCCGGGACACCGAUGACGCCCAACAAGAAGAAGAGCGAGGAGACACAGCCGGAGAGGAGGGAUACGUCAUUCACGUCCGCAUCCACAUCGCGCGGCGCGACGAGCGAAGAGGGAGAGGGGAGCCAGCUGUCUUCCUCGUCGUCGUGGUCGUCGUCGGCGGCGGCGGCGGCGAUUCCGUCAUCAUCAUCGCCAGCCGGUCAGGACGAACCAACGGUCAACAAGCUCUUCAGCCGGUGGAAGCAGUCGACGACAUUCAGCAACAUCGGAAGCAGCCUCAAGGCCUGGAAGACAACCAAGGACAACGGCAAUGGAUCCUCCUCCUGA